CACUCUCCCCUUCGUACCACCAAGAUGUCUACGGUCAAUCCUGUAAAUCCAAAGCCGUUUAUGCAGGAGCUCACAGGGAAGCCCGUGUAUGUACGACUAAAAUGGGGGCUGGAAUACAAGGGUUUCCUCGUUAGCACAGAUGGUUACAUGAACCUCCAGCUUGCGAACACGGAGGAGUUCCAGGAUGGGAAAUCAAACGGGGCUUUGGGAGAAGUUUUCAUCCGGUGUAACAAUGUGUUGUAUAUCAGAGAGGCUCCGCCAGAAUAAUCGACACUGGCACCGUCCUUUAUUGUCCUGCUAGGCCCCGAAAAUAAUGCGACGGCUCUUGUAUAUGUUGGAUCAUCAUCAGAUCCUGUAUGCACGCUGACCGUGUACGUUGGUCCCAUACUCACGCCAUACAGUGUCUCGUAUCGAUUGACGAAAAAUAGUUCCAUUUGUAUUCAUAGUACGUCGAAAUGCGUAAAGAAACGACCAUUCGUAACAU